AUGAGCCAUCAGGAAACAUUAAAUGAUGUUUCUGAACAUUACAGCAGUUUUGAUGAUUCGACAAGCCAAUACUCUGAAAAUUCUGAUGACUCUAUAAGCCUAAAAUCUGAUAACCCUUAUGGCUCUGAAAACGAGUCUUCCUCUGAUUCUGAAAACGAAGAUUUUGGUAAUGCAGAAAAGUGUCCGAGUAAUAAUGUUGAUUAUGAUGAAGUCAAUGACGUAAGCAAUAAUUAUGUUUUUGACUGUAAUUGCGAUGCUUCUGCUGCUGAUAAUAAAAAUUCUCGAAAUAAUAGUAGCGAUGACAGUUCUUUUGAAAGUGACAGUUCUUUUGAAAGUGACAGCUCAUUUGAAGGUGAAGCCAAAGAUAGUCAAUCUUCUGAAAGUGAUUCCGAGAGCAGUUUGUCUGACGACGAUGAGACUGAACCUAUUUUCGACACUGAACAUUUGAAUGAUCCAAUCUAUGAAAAUGCUCCUCUGACUUUGGGUGAAAGUGUACUAUGCAUUCUAACAUUUAUAAUUCGUCAUAAAGUAACGAAGGUUCUUUUGGCAGAUUUAGAUCUGGGACGGGGAUGUUUAUCAGUCUUUUUUCACAAUGGAAUUUUAUCUUCUCCUUUUAAUAUCUCAUUCACUUGGAACACUGAUGGAGUUGCUCUCUUUAAGUCUUCGAAAUUCAGUCUUUGGCCAUUUUAUUUAACAAUCAAUGAACUUCCAUUCAACCAAUGUACCAAAAAAGAAAAUGUAUUAUUAGCUGGGCUUUGGUUUGGUGAAAAGCCACAACCAAAUUUAUUCUUAGACAGCUUUCGAGAUGAUGUUUCGAAAAUAUUUAAAGGCUUUUGGUGUAAAGUAACUGACUUAAAUUCACGGGUAAAGGUUAGAGGUAUGAUCCUUAGUGGCACGUGUGAUCUUCCAGCUAAGGCUAGCUUUCUAAACAUGAAGGGACAUCGAGGAGUGUUUGGAUGUUGUCACUGUAAAAUCAAAAGUAAAAACUUAAAUCGAAGACGUGUUUACUCUUUUCAACAAAAAUUGAAACUUCGUACUACACCUGAGUCAGUGAGCGAAAGUAAAAAAGCUUUCUUUACUGGCAACGCUGUUAACGGAAUUAAAGGUCCUACAGUCCUUUCUCAAUUAGUUUAUGAUGUUUAUAAAACUACCGUCGUAGACUCUAUGCAUUGCAUAUAUUUAGGAAUUGCAAGAAAAUUGUUUAGUCUAUGGUUUGAUCCGCAAUAUAGAAAUUGUAAGUUUUCACUUUAUGAACAUCGAGAAUGGAUAAAUAAGAAAAUUAAUUCUAUUUUUCCGCCGGCAUUUGUACCAAGAUUAACGAGAUCUAUCUUCGAUUAUAAAUACUGGAAGGCAUCUGAGUGGAAAUUAUGGUUAUUGUAUUAUUCAACUCCACUUUUGUCCUCGAUUAUGAACGAACAAUAUCUACAACAUCAUAAACAUUUGGUACUUGCUAUCACCCUGGGCAGUUACUUGACUUAUACAUCUAUCAGUAAAAAAAUGAUUUCGAUUGCAUCAACAUCGAUAAAAAUGUAUGUUUUAUGUUUCGAAAAAUUGUACGGAUUAGUUCAUAUGACUUGGAACCUUCAUUGUUUGUUGCAUCUUCCUGAUUCAGUACGUAACUUUGGUCCCUUACCGUACACUUCUUGCUUUGCAUAUGAAGAUCUUAAUGGAACUAUUGACUGCUUAAUUAAAGGAACACGGUAUGCUCAAUUACAAGUUUGCUCUGCUGUGUCAAUUUUUAACAAUAUCGUCCUGAUAAAAUCAGAAACUCUGCACGAAAAUGAAGAAGUAGUUAAAUAUUGUAAAAAGAUGGAAUUUUUUUCUAUGAGAAAACGAAAACUAAUACCAAUUUUCGACAAGUGUUUUAUUUUUGGAAACCUUAAAAAGGCUAAUGAGUUGAUUCCCUUAGUGACUUAUUUGAUGAGAAAAGCAAAUAUGUGUUUACAAGAAACAAUAAAUGUGUAUACGUUUCCGCGGAUAUAUAGACAUAGCAUGGUGUACGAUUCGGAACAAUAUGAGCGAGAGAGAAAGACGAAUUCUUCUGUAGUAAUUUAUCGCGACAAUCAAAGAGAAUGUAUCGGAAAAAUAACGAAGUUUGUCAAAAUUUGUUACUGUGUCAACGGAACUAACUGUAACGUAAAUUGCGUAGGUACUCAUUUCUAUGCGGUUAUAAAAAAAUGUCAAUCGAUUGAAACUAUCUUUGCAAAUAGUGAAAUUGAGAAUAUGAUGAACCUGUGCAUUGAAUCUGAAGAUGAUUUUUGUAUAAUCGAUAUUGAACAGAUAGUAACUGUGUGUUUUAUGAUUGAAAAAGACUGUGAAGAUAACAUUAAUACGUUUUAUCUAGUUGUCGAUAGACAUAUAUAA